AUGCGAUUAGUUGGUCAUGCAUCGUUUACAUUUGUGAUAUUUGUUCGGGUCGUGCUCGAUAUCGUUAACGCUUUUUCGCCUAAAACAGAUCACUCAUUGCAAUUCGAUUACUUCAUAUUCACGCAAAUUUACCCAACAGCUGUUUGUUUAGUGGAUAACGAUUGGAAGACUGAUUCUUGCUUGGUACCUCAACAAAGUACACUUUGGACGAUUCAUGGACUUUGGCCAUCAAGACGAGACGACUCACCGCUACAGUUCUGUCAUUCACAAGAUAGGAAGUUUAAACCGGGUAAAAUUGCUCAAAUAGAAAAGCAGUUGGAAUUGGAAUGGUCGAAUCUAUUUCCUCAAAAGUCUGUAUCGUCAUUCUGGUGUGUGAAACAUGAAUGGGAAAAGCAUGGAACGUGUGCAUGGAAUGUGCAAGCAACUCAAGGAGAGCUGAAUUACUUUUCGGAGAGUUUGCAUUUGCAUGAGCAAUAUGCUGUUGAUGAAGCAUUACGUCGCGGUAAUAUUAUGCCGAACUCGGAGUCGUCUUAUCGUUUAGGUGAUAUUUAUAAAGCCAUUACAACAUAUCUGACAAAUGGCCGCAGCAUUAAAAUGCACUGUCUGAAGGACAAAACGAGUGGUGAAUAUUUUCUGGCAGAUAUACGAAUAUGUUUGGAUAAGGAUUUUCAACCAAUUGACUGUGGAAAAGGUGCUGGUGGAAAAUCGGGAAAAUGGCGCCAAACACACAGAUUCGACUCUGCGGGGCGAAGUAUCUCCCGUGAGAGACGGGGUAGCCCAGCUUUGCCGACCUAUGAAGCGUGUCCCCUUGAAGGUAUCAAAUAUACCUCCCCAUCUCAUACCAAAGGUUCAACCAGUGAUAAAAGCGACCGCAGUUAUCAUAAGGGUGAUAAGCCCACUUAUCGAAAAUUACCCAAACCGAUUACUCUUAGUAAUGGCGGUGCAAGUUCUGUUGGAAAUUUGUUCUUGUUCGGGAUGAUACCCAAGUAUUGGCCUACUGUCAGCUCAGUCAGGCAUUUCUUCGCUUCAUUCGGUUGGUAG